AUGGGUGUCGCGGGAUGGGAGAUUCGGAACAUUGUUGAGAGGAAAGGAAGGUACGCUCUUGGGCGCGUCGACGGAAAUGAGGGGAAAACUCGACGCACGCAUAAGGCUGCUACAGACGGCCCAGCAGUCGACCCCGUGCAGACACUGCCACCUGUUGCCGCCACAAGACCCUUGGACAGCCUCACGAGUGGAGGCAUCGAAACCCAGGUCACGUUUUUGUGCUGGUGCGCGCUCCAUGCAGAAACCCACCAGCGUGAGUGCGGUGGCUCCGCUGUUAGUCAAAAACACAGUGUGAUUACCCCAGCGGUGGCCGAUCCUCCCCACUCCCUGCAACAAGCCCAACACCAGGGACAGACAAGCGUCCGACUGUUCUCACGGUCCAACCGCGCCAACGGUCGGAACACCUAUGAUUUGUACUUGACCCACAAGCAAUUCAUCUAG